CUGAAUAUGGCGGCAAUCAGACAAAGUAUCCAUCUAGGCUCGGAAUAUUUCGAACACAAAAAGCGAAUCGUUGCGGAGAGCAGAGGACGAACGGAAUCGUAGAAACGAACGAAAAAGUUUGAUAAGAGCUGCUAUACAAUCACAACAGAGACCGUCUGCCGCUGUUUGGAUGUGCAGCCAAUGUGGGUCCAGAAUAGGCUCAUUCCAGUCAUCAACGAACCCACAGAUAAUGAUCAUGUCAAGACUGUUAUAAUACUCGUUAGCGAAUGAAUGCCUAUAACACAGCUUUAAUGUCUGUAUAUUUGAAGGAUUGUCAUGAUAAGACACGCCUAUGUACUCGGAAUCAAAUUUUACAGACGGUUAUCAGAAUGUUUUCGGUUUAUCUUCGAUGCUACGUAAUAUUUUGAUUAGGAAAAUUUGUGUUGCUUAAUGCCGAUGAUUUGUUAUGUUGACCUGUAGUACUUUAUAAAACGUAUUUCAUCUACAAAUUUCUGAAUGGUUUCAAUAUACACUGAUUGCGUUCAUUGAAAUUAAAAACAAAAAUUAAAUUUGUGAGAAAAAAAUACUAUUAGGGGAAUAUACAGAUUUUCGAUACUGGUAGAUGCGACCAGAAUUCUAAUAGUGAUCCGGUCGAGUGAUAACAACGAAGAUAUUUUGUAACUGGAAGUGGAAUUUUCUGGAAAAUAUGAAGUGUGCUGUUGUUCUCUUUGCGGUAAUAGGUGUUUUCCUCUUGACUGGCACUGAAGCGGCGCCGCGCCCCCCUUCUCUGCAUGCGAACUGUGUACCGCCAGAAGAAGAUUGUAAUCAUGGACCCGUAUGCGCCAUUGACGACUCUGGAAUCACCAAGAGCUUCCAGAAUAAAUGCUAUGCACUUUUGGAGGCUUGCAGAAAGGACACAUACUACGUCGAAGUAAAGCCAGGAGAAUGCUAACGUCCAAAGACCAUAUUUAAAGUUUUAUAAUAGGUAUAAAUCUUUGCUAUAAUCCUAUUGGAAACUACUCCAUAGAACCAAUUUCACACCUCAACCAAUAUAAAAAUCAAACAGUAUUUUAUGUGUAGCGUAGCAUUAGGUUAGUUAUAAAUUGUUUCAUUACGUUUUUUGUCCUUUUUGUGAUGUAUUUAAAUCAACGAAAAAUAUGUUUAUAUAGGUAUUUUCUUUUUAACUACAUCCUAUAUUUAUAAUCAAAAAGUACUUACAUACAUAAUAUAAAGUAUAGGUACUUCAUUUAUUUUUAUUUCUAUUCUAGAUUGUGUAGGAUGAAGUAGCAUUAAGAUUGGUUUUCAAUACCUACUUGUAACGUAACAAUCCAAUUUAAAAUAGGUAAAAAACAAUAUGUAUUCUUUUUUUUACAUUUACUUGCAAUUUGAGCUUUUAAUAUCAAAAUCUGACAUUAUAAUAUACUUACUCAAGUUUAUAGAUAAGUUUUAGUUUUUAGAGGCAUUUAUUGAGCCUGGUACUGUACCUACUUUUUACUUUUAUUUCUCUAAAAGGUACCUGGGUAUAUCUAUUUAGUAAAUACUUAAUCAUGUAGUACUUAUGUAAUAGUACCUAAAAUUUUUGUAAUUUAAUUUAAGUUUUAAAGCUGAAUAAAUAAAUAAAUUUUGUGAAUUUUA